GGGCGGGGCUUCCGGUUAGCCGGGCCGGAAGUUGAACUAAGAAGAUGGCGGCUAUCAAGGUGAAGCAGGACUUGCCCCCUCCAGGGGGUUAUGGACCUGUGGAUUACAAGAGGAACCUCCCCAGGAGGGGUCUGUCAGGUUACAGCAUGUUUGGGCUUGGACUCGGAGUUUUACUCUUUGGAUACUGGAAGCUGUUCAGUUGGAACAGGGAGAGAAGGCGUCUCCAAAUUGAAGACUUGGAAGCCCGUGUAGCAUUGCUACCUCUACUGCAUGCUGAACAGGAUAGGAGGACUCUGCGCCUAUUAAGGGAGAAUCUUGAGGAAGAAGCUAAAAUUAUGAAGGAUGUUCCAGGCUGGAAGGUUGGUGAGAGUGUUUACAACUCUGAUCGCUGGUCCACGCCCUCGGUGGAGGAGCUGUUUAACCUACGACCUAAGGAGGAAUAUCUCCGAGCAAAAAUCGGAUUCCAGUGGUAUGUGUGAAUGCCGUGUGAGGACUUUGAGCAAGGAUCUGACCUUUGGCUCCAUAAAGAUAAUCUUCGCAAGAACUCUUGUUCCAAGUGUGGUAUUGUUAAUAAAUCUGAUGUACGUA